GGCGGUGCAGUAUUGCGAUUGGACCUGUGAGUCCGGACUGUGGAGCAGCGGCAGGGCUCAGAGAUGCCAAGGAGUGCAGCGGGAGUCGUUACAUGAUAGAAGUGAGCUGUGUUUCUGAACGGCGAAGGAGGAUGAAGCGGUCGAGGGAGGAAGGGUCUUCGGCCCCGCAGGUGAAGCGCAUGGCAGGGUACAGAGGAGAAACGGCGACAUCUGAUGCAUCACUGCCAACAUCGAACAACAACACCCCUCAACCGCGCCUGACGACGGACGAUGCUCUUGCAUAUCUGAAGGCGGUGAAAGAUAUGUUCAAGGAUGACAAAGAUAAGUACGACGAAUUUCUGGAGGUGAUGAUUCAUCCGUUGAAAAGCGUGUCUUGA